AUGGAUAAAUGGAAUGUUAGAGCAUCAGCCUGGAAUCAGCUAAGCUAUGAGAUAGCAAACCACAAUGAUAUCUAUAUAUAUGGGUUGUCAUGCAAUGGGAAGACAACUCUUGCUAGAGAUUGUCUUUCUGCCAAUCACAUUCCAUACUCUUACAUCAGCUGUAAAGAAGCCUGCACUUUCCCAGAACUUUUGGAAAAUAUAAUUGAUGAAUAUAUCAAAGGGUUUCUCAUGAUCGAUUUAACACGGUCUGGAAAUCCAUUGAAAAUCGCUAUGGAGAUGCAAAAUGCCUCAAAUAAGGACUCUAUUUAUUAUGUAAUUUUAGAUAAAAUUGAUAGCAUUGUGAAAUGCAGCAUCCUGGCGAUUCACAAACUUGUAGAGCUUCGAGAUCUUGCUUGUUGCAACUUAAAGCUUAUUUUGAUCUCUGAAAUAUAUGAAGACUCUUUAUUUAUCCAUCCAGAUUCAAUCGAUCGCUCCCUUCACCCAUCUAUGAUAUUUUUGCAAGACUAUAACGAAAAUCAGUUAAAAAUAAUUCUGAGGAAGGAAUUCAGCUAUGGGACUGAUAAUGAUUUUGCAGAGUUUAUAUCAAUUAUUUAUCACUUACUAUUUCCGUUUUCCAGUAAAAUCUUUUUGUUGCGACAUGCAUGCAUUAAAUAUUAUUCAAGUUAUUUAGAUAAAUCCAACGAGUAUGGAAAUGCGCAGAAUAAACAUGAUAAACUCUUCACAUUUAUCCAGAGAGAAAUUGGGGACGUUGAGGAAUUUUUAUUUGAGAAAAAGGUAUCAUAUAGAGACUUCCAAUAUGGGUUGACUAAUGAAGCCAAACUUUUAUUGAUUUCUGGGUAUAUAUGCUCACACAAUCCAGAAAAAUAUGAUAAAUAUGUAAUUAAAGCAGUCAGAAAAAAUGUGAAGAAAAAAAACACUAAAGACAUUGAAAAUUUUACUUUAAAACAGCCUGAAAUUUUUCCAUUGGAAAGGCUUUUAUCUGUUUACUCAGUUUUGUACCACGUUAUUUUAUCGUCAAAAACAAAACAAAUUAUUCAAGUGAACGCCGAAACUCCAAGCUUCUGUUCGCUUGUGAAUAUUUUAAUUCAAAAACAUUUUUUCCAGAGAGUUCAAAGGAAUGAUCCAAUUGGAAGUGAGAGGUUUAUUUGUAAUGCCGAUUUAGAGUUUAUUAAGGAACUAUCUAAAUCAAUGAGGAUCAAGCUUCAUGAGUAUGUGCUUGGUCUAAGUCAAAAUUAA